UGAUUCCGCACCCAGCCAGCGAGCGCGGGGUCUCUGGGCACGAACGCCGAGUACGGCUGUGCUGCAGCUAGAGGGCUUCGCUGCUGCCGCACACAUCCCGUGUGCUGCCUGGUGCGCUGCCGCACACCCAGGCACCGGCGGGGCUCCGCCGCGCCGCUCCUCGCCGCUCCCGCUGCCCACGGCCGGCCCCGCCGCAGGGCCGCCCGCCCGCCCGGGCCCCGCAGCACAGGCGCUGCCGCCGCCGUCAUGCCUGCCGCUGCUGCUGCGCUCCUGCCGCCGGGCCGCCAACUUGGCGGGUGAGCCCCUCCUCGACACGCAGGAUUUCUCCCCCACCACUACCGGCAGCAUGGAGAGCGUGCGGGAGCUCCAAAACCCACUGUUGGCCAAGGCCAAUGGGCACCUGCACAGCAGCUAUUCUUACCACCAGCAUCACAGCCAGGACUACCCCAGCCAUCGCUGCCAAGGGAAACUGUAUUCCUACAUCUUCCAGAACACUGGUGGUGCCAGGACUCAUCAGCUGCUGGAUGCCAGCUCCCUGCAGCUGGCCGUUGAAGCCUUGUACGGCCCCAGUUUCAUCCUCGUGAAGGAUGAGACCACUCUUAAGGCCAAGGACAGCAAGAUGGAGAGCUGCGAGACCACCUUUACAGAGAGUAAAGAGGCUCCACCCGAAGCUCCUGACGCACAUGAGGCACAAGGGUCCUGCCGGGUGGAGAGUGACAUCCGCAUACAAACCGUGUCCUACGAGGUGGAGGAAGAGGAGCUCCAGGAGUACGAGAGCGACUCCUCCAGUGACAGUGAAAGCGAGGACCAUUUCCUGAUGCUUCCACCCCGUGACCACCUGGGCUUGGCCCUCUUCUCCAUGCUGUGCUGCUUCUGGCCCUUGGGGAUUGCUGCCUUCUACUUCUCACAAGGGACCAGCAAGGCUGUCUCCAAAGGAGAUUUCCACCUGGCCAGUUCAGCUUCCCGUCGAGCUCUCUUCCUCGCCGCGCUCUCCAUAACCAUUGGCACAGGAGUGUACAUCGGGGUGGUGGUAGCGCUGAUCGCUUAUCUCUCCAAAGGGGGCCACGUAUAGCUGCCAUCUGCACGUCAGCACUGUCCCCAGCCGCCGGCCCUCCUGGGAUGGAGCUUUUCUGUGGAGCACAGGGCACCAGUGCCUGCAAGGGCUGCUUGCACAGCAGGACCCCUGCUUGGAUGCCCUAUGCAAGCUCUUUCCCCUUUCAGAAGAACAGCAGACCCCCGUUCUCCCUGAGGCUGUGAGGUGUAACUAUCUAACAACAGGGAAUUGGGCACCAGCCUGGCUGCAAGGACCAGGAGGAGCACAUUUUCCAGGUGAAAGACAUGCAGGAGAGACAUUGCAUGCUGCUGCUGGGCUGGGGCCACCACCCCUGAUGCAGGGCCAUGGAUUCUGCUCCCAGCCCUGCAGUCAGGAGAUCCACCCCUGGUGCUCAGGCUUGGCCCAUGAAAGGGGCACACAGGGAGGAGAAGAAAUAUGGUGCCAGGGAAUGACCACUCUUUCUUCUGGGAGGCCACAGUGCUGGGGAGGGGGGUCUCCCGGCUGCUGUGAUGGGGACGACAUUCUCAUUUCAGUGCCAUAAGGUGGCACCUGCCCCUCAGCUGCAGCCAAGUAGGAGGGCACAUCAUGGUCAUGACCAAAGGACAUGCUCUUCACAUCCCUCUGCAGACAGACCCCUGGUCCACAGGAGAACAUUCCAGCCACUGGCUCAUCCCAGACCAGAAACAAGGAGGAAGGCAGGCUGGUGGCUGCACACCAUCACUCCCAUUGUUGGAAUAAGCUGGCAGGGACAGCAAGGUUUUCUCCGUGUUAAUAGUGACUAUAAUGAUAAUUGCAAGUCAGAGGCCCUGUAAGGCCGGUGUCCCACAGUGCUGGGCCCUGAAGAUACUUGUAAAUGGCAAUUUCUACCCAAGAAGAGACCUGGGAGGGGUGGGGGCCUGAAGGACUACACUCUUGACACUAGAUCAGGGCCUUGCACAUCAAGAGGAAUGGAAAGAAAAGGCCAACAAGACAUACAGAGCCUAGGGUGGGAAUGCUGUUUGCAAGAGAAUGAGAUCCAAAGGAUGAAAACUUGGAAGGAGCCCGAAACACAGGGUCUGACCCAAAAACACUUCUUCCCAUGCCUCGGAGAGGGGUAUCUCCAUCCUUCCAAAAGCCUCUGCUGACAAGGAAGUCCCACGCAUCCCCACUUACAUCUCUUUUGCUAAUUCGUGUAUUGUCAGCAACAGUCAGGUGCUUCGGAGGUGGGUGUGAUGGCAAUGACGGCCUCAGGGGGCUGGUGUGAAAAGGCCCUGCCUCACCCCUGCUCUGCAGCAUCCACCUUGACUCUGCUGCCUCCUUCCCCGGUGUGCAGAGGGCUGCAGGCAGACUCUGGGUGCCCAUCACCCCCUUCCUGGGGUUUCUGGGCAGGCUGCAGCUGGCUCUUCAAGAGAUGCAGCAUGUACUCCAGCUGGGUGCCAUUCAAAUGUACAUUUCAUCUUUAAGAAGCAUGUUAAUGUCUGCGAUGCUGUUGUACUUGAGCCAUAAAAGAGAGAAGUGCAUCAGAGACCUGUGCAGAAUCUGGUCUGAAAGUUCUCAUUAUGUUUUAUAACAUGGAAGAGCUAAUAAAAAAAGCAGGAGAAAAGACCGUGUUUGUAAGGACAUGGAGCUAGCUAGUGAAGAGGUGAGCUUUGCAGGAGUGCUGAGCUCAUUUAAACCUGAAGGUUUUUAUGCAGUUCCUGAAGGAAGUUAUAAUCCAGCUGGUGUCUGGGCGACUCAGAGGGAGUUGUACUGCGAUGUAGCUCACAGCAAGCAGCUAGUGUUGGAAGCAGGAUGUUGAUGUAGGCUUUUUGCCAUGCAUGGUCAGACAAGAAUUAGGGAGAGAGAGAGAGAGUGAGCAUCAUGUAUGUUCUGCGUAGUAGAAGCAUAAAAUAAAAUGUGCUCAAAGAGGGGCAGAAGAACACA